CACCGUCACUUCUCAAUCGACCCCAUCACUGAUCCAUUGCCGUUGUCUCUUCUCUACAGUCGACGUCACUUCUCGCUUGCGGCCUUGAUUCUCAGAAAUCGGAGACAGAUUAGCCGCCAGCAUUUCUCUACCGCCGGCAUCCCUACUCCAUCGCCGCCGUAGCUUCUCGAUUGCAGGUGUGGUGUCUCGAUUGCGGUAGCCCAUUCAGAGAUUCCCCUUCAAAAGUUUCUUCUCUAUCGAAGCUUAGGCUGGGAUUCUAGUAACUUCCUUCAUUUAUUCCCUUCUUCUUGGUAUUUGAGCCAAAAUGAAAGUGGACACAGACUUUUAGAUUCCACAUUCCGAACCCCCGCAACUGUCAUUGUUACAGAAGAGGAAAAACAUGGAAUUGGGGCAAAGCUCUAGCUUUUCAAGCAACAACGUCAUCUGGGCCAGACUCAUACCUGUGGAUGCAAGUGAUUCAGAGAUUGAGCUGAAGUUGAAUGAGACAGUGAUAUGCUCAAAGGUUAAAUCUUUGGAGAAGCAAGCAUGGUGCAAAAUCAAAAGAGGUGUGGAUCUGGUUUCUGCAACCAUACAAAAUAUCAGUUCCAACACGAUUCUUGUUGAUGAGGCGGUUCUUCUAGAUGAACAAACUAGGACGAUCAAGUGUGGCAGUGAAAUUGCUCUGAGCCUUUCUUCUUCCGAGGGUUCUUUAAAAUACAGAUUUGAGAUAAUGCCUGCAGAGGAACCUUGCAAACGGUUAAAGGUCUCUGUUGAUGUAGAACAUGCAAAAUGCAGCAUUUGCUUAAACAUAUGGCAUGAUGUUGUCACCGUUGCACCCUGUCUUCACAAUUUUUGUAAUGGGUGCUUUUCAGAGUGGCUAAGGAGAUCUCAAGAGAAACAUUCAAGUGUUAAAUGUCCUGAGUGUAGAGCUGUCGUUCAGUUUGUAGGGAAAAAUGCCUUCUUGCAUAACAUUGAGAAUUAGUUUGUGAAAGUUCGUGGGGGUGCAACGGAAUUCAUCAAUUAAAAUAAGUUAUGCAAACAAAUCAAACAGAGUGCUAUAA